AUGACCCCAGGAGAGGAGCGGGUACAGGAUGAUCCCUGGAACGAGGAGGAGGAGAAAGAAAUUUCCUUGAGGCAGGGAGAGGUCUGGCAGGAGACUGAGGCCCCCAACCCUGCGUGUGUCUCUCCAGGCCCUCGUACCUCCGUGCUCCUGGCUUUCGCCCUGCUCUGCCUGCCCUGGCCUCAGGAGGUGGGCGCCUUCCCGGCCAUGCCCUUGUCCAGCCUGUUUGCCAACGCUGUGCUCCGGGCCCAGCACCUACACCAACUGGCUGCUGACACCUACAAAGAGUUUGAGCGCGCCUACAUCCCUGAGGGACAGAGAUAUUCGAUCCAGAACGCCCAGGCUGCCUUCUGCUUCUCGGAGACCAUCCCAGCCCCCACGGGCAAGGACGAGGCCCAGCAGAGAUCCGACGUGGAGCUGCUCCGCUUCUCGCUGCUGCUCAUCCAGUCGUGGCUCGGGCCUGUGCAAUUCCUCAGCAGGGUCUUCACCAACAGCCUGGUGUUUGGCACCUCAGACCGUGUCUAUGAGAAGCUGAGGGACUUGGAGGAAGGCAUCCAAGCCCUGAUGCGGGAGCUGGAAGAUGGCAGCCCCCGGACUGGGCAGAUCCUCAAGCAAACCUACGACAAGUUUGACACCAACUUGCGCAGUGAUGACGCACUGCUCAAGAACUACGGGCUGCUCUCCUGCUUCAAGAAGGACCUGCACAAGGCUGAGACCUACCUGCGGGUCAUGAAGUGUCGCCGCUUUGUGGAAAGCAGCUGUGCCUUCUAG